AUUAGGAGCAGCGAAUUAGAAAUAUACACAACAAUUAUUAUCUCUUUCUCUAUCUCUCUCUCUCUCUCUUUUUUUUUUCGUUUAGUUUACCAUCUUUUUAAUUAAAUUGGGAUUUAGAGAUGACCACAUUAUACGAGCAACUUGAAGUGAGUGUUUCAAAAGAUGGAGACAAGAUUACGUGUAAAGAACAUGGGCUUGAAAAAUGUAAUAAAUGUAAAUCAGAUUGGACAGAACAUAAUAAAUUAGCAGCCACAUUAAAGCAAGUGAAAGAAUUACCACCCCCCAACGCGCCUAAUCCAGCUCGUAACGCACAAGUCAAUCGACUUAAGGAAGAAGGCAAUAAGUAUUUCAAACAAGGUAACUAUAAAGAAGCUAUUCGUUACUAUUCUAUGGCAGUCGAUCUCUCUUGGUCUCGUCCUCUUUGGGAACCUUUAGCAUUUCAAUAUGUUCGAGAAGAAUUAUCACCUGUCUUAAGUAACCGAUCUGCUGCUCAUCUUUCUCUUAAACAAUAUGUCGAGGCUUAUGUUGAUGCUGAAAUGGUGACUCGUUUGAAACGAGAAUGGAGUAAAGGUUGGUUUAGAAAGGGAAAGGCUUUAGUGGGACUUCAUCGUGUUGAAGAAGCCGCAGAGGCUUUUCAAACUGGUUUAAGAUUUGAUCAUGAGAGUGAAGAACUCAAAAAGGCUUUAGUUGAUAUUGGUUAUUAAAAAUAAAAAAAAAAUUUAUGUAUAAAAAAUAAAUGUGUCUUUUUUUUUUUUUUUCUUUUUUUUUU